AUGUCGACCCCUGGAGAACAUCCUGGAAUUGGGGUCCUCCAGAAUAUUAGGAUGAAAAGGAAAUCAGACGUUGUAGCUGAAAGGGAGCCCUCAAAACCAAACAAAAGUAAAAAGCGCAAGAAACACCGCCAUCAAUCACCCAAUGAUAAUGGGCAUCUUCAACCAGAUACAGUCGCCUCAGCAGACUGCACGCUAUCCACUUCGAAAGUAGAAAGUGGUGUGUCAAGAAAUGAGACUAUUGCAUCUCGUUUAAGCCAGCUCCAGCAACUGACACAAGAAAUCUCCUCGAGCCCUGAGUCCAUCAGGGAGCACAUAGGCGCGAGCAGCGGUGUAGAAAUCAUCAGUGCCGCAGCAGAACUUGCAAGAGCCUUUGCACGUUCGGGACUACUGCCGGACCAAUUUCACAAGGCCAAAGAAACGGCUCAGGAGAUACGGCCACUUGAAGCACCGCCAAUAAAAAAUAAAGCCCUCGAAAAGGCGGUGUUUACCCACCAAGGCGUUACCAAGUCCGCCCCAACUCCCCCUGGAACCCACGAUAGCUAUGACCGCCUGGAGAUUCUUGGGGAUGCGUACAUCGAAAUCAUCGCCACAAGACUGAUCUGGGACAGCUUCCAGAACUUACCAGCUGGUCGCAUGUCCCAGAUUCGCGAACUCCUUGUCAAAAACGAAACCCUAGCCCAGUUCUCGGAGCAGUUCGGAUUUGAUAAACGUGUCAAUAUAGCGCCGGAGAUUCGUCAGCAGCCCAAACGCUGGGUAAAAGUUAAAGGCGACGUUUUUGAAGCAUAUGUUGCAGCUGUAGUUUUAUCGGAGCCUAUUAAUGGCUUUGAUUUUGUUGAGAAUUGGCUGACGCGUCUUUGGACCCCGAUUCUUCUGAAAGUUCAGCCGGAAGAUCAGGCAUCUCAUUACAAAGAAUUCCUGGCCAAAAAAGUAAUGGGAAAGGGGAUUAAACUCCGUUAUAUCAAUGAAAGUCCCCCUAUUAGUCGAGAGAAGGGGAUCCAGACAUUUUUUAUAGGUGUUUAUUUGACAGGUUGGGGAUGGCAAGAUCAGCAUCUGGGAUCUGGUACAGGCCUCAAUAAGGGAGCAGCUGGAAAUUCAGCUGCAAAGCAAGCACUGGAUAACCACCCGCUCAUUGAUGAAAUCCAUGCAGCGAAAACAUCUUUUGAUGAAAAGGUCAAAGCGGAAAGGGAAAAAGCUGGUGCUACAGAAUGA